GCGAUAAAACAUAAAUUGAAAGUUAAAAUAAGUACAAAUGAAAGUAAACACUCGCAGGCCAUUCCAGAUGUUUAAAAAAAAGAGAGGAUAUACUCUAUUAUUAAAAUAUCAUAAUCAUACAUGGAGCAAGUGAUCAUGAUUGCUUACAACACAAAAUAAAAAGAUUUGAUAGAAUCAGAAGCAACUGGUGAACCUCUUCUUAUCAACCACAACAUCAAUUUCCAGUAAGAUUUGUACUAAAACGUGCCACCCAUUACCCAAUUCCCAAAAUCCAAGCCUCAAAUCCUCCAUAAUUAAGGCUUAAUUUCUUGGAUCGUUAACAUUAUUAUUGCUCAGUUAAUCACCCAAAAUCAAUCUCUCCACAGCUCUAUACUCCCUCACCUGAAAAUUUUCCAACUUCUCUCUCAAAUUUUCUAGCCAUUUCUCACACUUUCUCUUCAUAUUUUUUUCCAAGAAAAGCCCAAGAAUGUCACUCAAAUCUUUGGAAUGUUAUGUUUGAUGAAUCUUACAUACACGGUUGAUUUUAUCUGAUGAGUAUUUUGUGGGAAUUGAAGGGCUAAGAUGAGCCUUGAGAAGAAGGCAAUUCAAGAGGAAGAAGAUCCGAUGCAACAAAAGCUAUGGAUGAUGUACCUGGCUCAAUGGGAACCAGUGCCAGCUUUUCUUUAAGAUUGGGCCAGACCAUCUUCUCUUCUGCUUCUCUGUUUUUCAUGGCUCUGGGUGUUCAAUUCUACAGCUACACUGCAUUCUGCUACCUGGUUACAAUCAUGGGUUUGGCAAUCCCAUGGAGUUUCACAUUAACAAUUGUUGAUGGAUACUCUGUUCUGGUCAAAUGGCCUAUCCGGCAGCCCAGAAUACUGCUGAUUGUUAUCAUUGGAGAUUGGGUUUUGUCAAUUCUUAUUCUAGCUGCAGCAUGCUCUGCAGCUAGUGUUGUGGAUCUUCUGCUCCAUUCUGAUGGUUCAUUUUGCCCUCUAAAGGUUUGCAGGAGGUAUCAAGUAUCUGCUGCUAUGGCAUUCUUAUCUUGGUUUUUGUCUAUGGCUUCAUCUCUGUUCAAUCUCUGGCUACUUCCCUCCUUGUGAUUUUAAGGCUGGUUUUUUAUGUCCAUCUACCAAAUUUUGAAAAUUGUUUUGUUUAUGGGUCUUCUUAAUCCAAGUUUUGUAUGAAAGCGAAAAUGAAGCGUUUCAAAUUUAAAUGUAUGUUUCCUCUGGCUGUUUUUUUGUGCUGCCUAGAAGAAUUCAUAAAUACUCUACAUUCACAGCAACUGUUCUUCCUUCUGUACGCAAAUGAAUCAACAAAUGCCAUAAUUGCACCA